AUGGCACGGGUGGCGGUGUGCGGGUCCCACUGCCCGCCCCCCAGACUGGGACCCUCGCUGGUGUCCCCUCCCCGCUCGCUGCGGCCACCAGCGGCUGUCACUGUCCGGUCCCAUGGCCAGCACCAGGGACAGCUCCGCUCGCCCGCCCUGAGCGGCUCCCGGCCCGCGCGGCCCCCCCAGGACAUCAGCCUGGAGGAGUUCGAUGACGAGGACCUGUCGGAGAUCACGGACGAUUGCGGCAUCGGCCUCAACUACGACUCGGACCACUACGAGAAGGACUGCCUGGUGCUGGAGCGCGGGGAGCAGCCGCACCCCGUGUGCACCUUCCAGGACGACUUCCAGGAGUUCGAGAUGAUCGACGACAACGACGACGACGAGGAAGAGGAGGAGGAGGAGGAGGAAGGCAACGAGCUGGAGGCGCCGCCGUCCCCUUCGGCCUCGCCCAUUCCCUCGCCAGCCCUGGAGGAGACGCAGAAGCACCGGCCCACGACCCUGAACCUGACAGCCCCGGGCACACAGGAUUCCCUGAACAACAACGGCGGCUUCGCUCCCGCCGCGCCCCGGCCCAGCUGGCAGGACGCGCUCCUCCACUCCUCCUCCUCCUCCUCUUCCUCACACACCGGACACUCGUCCCCCCACGCCUGCAUCCUGGACGGACCCUGCCUGGAGAGCCCGCCGGGCCCCGGGGGGGCCCCCCCCUCGCUGCCGCCCUCCCCCCUGGACUCGCAAGGCAACAGCCCCGAGUCCCUGGCACAUGGUAACCCAUCGCCCCCGAGAGCCGCGCCCGAUUUUAACAUGAACCUCAUCUCCGCUGCGCUCCGAGCUCCGCUCUCCCCGCCGCGCCCCCGCCAGCCGCCCCCGCCUCACCCCUGUCUCUCUCCAACAGGGCCCGCCGCUCCCCCCGGCGCCCCCGACGCCGCCCCCCCGCCCCAGGCCGCCCCCCAGGCCCCCACGCAGCCCCAGGGCGGCGCCAGCCCGGGGUCCCCCCGCCCGCAGCCGCAGCCGCGGCCGCAGCCCCGGCCGGAGCGGGACGGGGCUCCCGCGGAGCCGCUCAGCUCCGACGGGGAGGGUGCCCGGUCCGGCCGGGCCGCCAGCGUGCGCGGCCACCCCUCGGGCUCCUCGGAGACCACCUCGCCCUCCUCGGACCCGGGCAUCGAGGCCGACCUCACGAGCCGCACGGCCAAGCCCUUCCUGCCCGGCGGGCGGCGAGGGGACGAGCUGAGCUCGCCCGGCUCUGACUCGGACGUGGACGGGGAGCUCGAGGCGGCUUUCGCCGGCGGGCGCCUGGUCAGCAACAUGAUCUCAUCCAUCUCGGAGACCGAGCUGGACCUGAGCAGCGACAGCAGCAGCGGCCGCUCGUCGCACCUCACCAACUCCAUCGAGGAGGCCAGCUCGCCCGGCUCCGAGGGCGAGCUGGAGCCCGAGCUGGAGGCGCCCGGCCUGCUGGGCAUCAAGGACUCGCUGCUGCUGGACAAGGGCAAGGAGGACGAGGAGGAGCCGGCCGAGAGGGGCCCGCCGGAGCGCGGCGGCCAGACCGACGUGUCCAGCGCCAGCCCCCCGGACCUGAAGAUCGACCCCGACCACAGCCUGGAGAGCAUCCGCCGCUCCUUCUACCUGCCCGUGGGGCCCAAGCUGAUGCCCGAGGCGGACGAGGAGGACAACAGCGAGUACGACUCGGACUCGGAGUCGGAGCCCGACCUGAGCGAGGACUCGGACUCGCCGUGGCUGCUCAGCAACCUGGUGAACAAGAUGAUCUCGGAGGGCUCGUACCCCAUCAAGUGCCCGGACGAGUGUUUCCAGAACAGCCACUCGCUGUGCGACACCAUCUCGCCCGCCUCCGACCUGGAGCCCGAGAUCCUGAGCGAGGCGCUGGACGAGGAGCCGGGCCCGCGGGACUCGCCGGUGGCGCUGGGGGACGCGGCGGCGGUGCCAGCGCGGUGCCCGCGCGGUGCCAUCGAGCUGGUGGACAUGGAGACGCUGCGCUGCUCCCUGGCCGAGGCCGAGCACGCGGCCGCCGAGCCGCCACCGGAGCCGCCGGCCGAGGAGCCGGGGCCUUUCCUGUUCCUCAGCAACCCCACCAACGACACCAUCGCGCCCGUGUGCCCCGGCCGCCCCGUCGCCCUCGGCCGCCUGGACGCCUCCGAGGUCUUGGCCACCUUGGGUUGCCGCCCGGUGGCCCCGCCGCGGGUGUCCCCCGGCACCGAGCCCGCUGUCACCGGUGGCGGCCCCGAGCGCUGGGACCUGGACUCGGGCGUGCUGGAGGCCGACUCCAUGAUCGACGACGUCCGGUUAGCGCCCGACGCCGACCCCGCCGCGCUGGACGUGUCCACGGCCAAGACCAACCGCGGCUUCGCCAUGGCCCUGGAGGAGGCCGAGCCGCCCUUGGUGGCCCCGUGCCACCGGGGCAGCCCGGCCGGGGAGGGGCCGCUGGCACCGGAGCCGCCGGCGCUGGACGAGUCGCUGGCCUACGACUCGGUCAAGUACACGCUGGUGGUGGACGAGCACACGCAGCUGGAGCUGGUGAGCCUGCGGCGCUGCACGUCCGUGCUCAGCGACGACAGCGACAUCCUGAGGGCCUGCGACGACGAGGUGGCCUUCGGCGACGGGCUGGUGGCCCCCGACGCGCGCAGCUCCUCCGAGGACUCGUCCCCCGAGGCCGACCUGCAGUUCUCCAAGAAGUUCCUCAAUGUCUUCGUCAACAGCACCUCGCGCUCCUCCAGCACAGAGUCCUUCGGGCUCUUCUCCUGCAUGGUGAACGGCGAGGAGCGGGAGCAGACCCACCGCGCUGUCUUCAGGUUCAUCCCACGCCACGAGGACGAGCUGGAGCUGGACGUGGACGAUCCCAUCCUGGUGGAGCUGGAGGAGGACGAUUACUGGUACCGGGGUUACAACAUGAGGACGGGCGAGCGCGGCAUCUUCCCCGCCUUCUACGCCCACGAGGUGGUGGGACACGCCCGGGACGCCAUCGGUCUGAAGAGGAACCCGUGCUGGGUGGAGCGCUUUAACGUGCAGUUCCUGGGCUCGGUGGAGGUCCCGUACCACCAGGGCAAUGGGAUCCUGUGCGCGGCCAUGCAGAAGAUCGCCACCACCAGGAAGCUGACGGUGCACCUGCGGCCCCCGGCCAGCUGUGACCUGGAGGUGACACUGCAGGGCAUCAAACUCAUCCUGACCGUCACCGAGUACAGCCCCGAGCACGAGCGCUGCAGCCACUUCUUCCAGAUGAAGAACAUCUCCUUCUGUGGGUGCCACCCCCGGAACAGCUGCUAUUUCGGGUUCAUCACCAAGCACCCGGUGCUGAGCCGCUUCGCCUGCCACGUGUUCGUGUCCCAGGAGUCCAUGAGACACGUGGCCGAGUGUGUCGGGUGCCACCACCGCGGCGCGUCCCUGCCUGUCCCCGCGGCCAGCCCCGGCCCGGUGCCACCCCCGGGGCAGGGCACACGGAGCGAUUUACAGGCCGGACUCUCUGUGAAAAACGGGAACGAGGAGGAAUUUCAUGCAACAUUCCUGGUCCGGAGGCGGCGCGGGGGGCGGGAGCGGGCGGGAGCCUUUUUGGGGAGGUGGGUGGGGUCGGCGUUGUUGGGGUGGGGGCUCCACACCCUCAGUGCAGUGCUCGGAGGAGGAGAAGGAGAAUCCGAGUGGGUUUUCUUGGCUUGGGAAUAA